AUGGAAUGCACCGCUGCUUUGGUCUUGGAAAGUCUGACAAUGCACACUACCACGCAUAUUACGGAAGAGGCCAUGGAACUGGUCUUGGAGAAGAACGGCGAUGGUAUCCCGUCUGUAGAAGGUGGUAGUACAACUGGGCUUGGGAAAGCUAUCAGCUUUCGCACUGAACUGCCUCACCUGUGCGUUCCCACGACAUACACUGGCAGCGAGAUGACACCCAUCCUUCCAGAGACCGAGAACGGCGUCAAGACUACCAGAAGGGACCCCAAUAUUUUGCCUACUGCAGUCUUACACGAUAAAGACGGAUACAAAGCGCUUUACGUGGCGUGGCGCUGCGGGAUCUGUCUUGGCGCUGUCGACAUUGCCCUUCACCAUAAUCUCUGUCAUACUGCUGGCAGCACUUUUAAUCUCCCCCAUGCGGAGACUCACGUGGCCAUACUGCCCAAUGCUCUUGCAUAUAAUGCAUCAGCUGCGCCAGAGGCAAUGAAGACAAUGGCACCUGCUUUCCCGGAGAGUGAAGGCGAUGCUGUAAGGGGCAUCAACGCUCUCUAUCGCCGACUUGGCGUCGAGGUAUCUCUUAAGACUCUGGGAAUGCCUGAAGCUGGGAUUGAAAAGGCGGCAGUAAUUGUAGCUAAGAACUCCGACAAGAAUCCGGCGACCUUGGAGAGUGAAUCCAUUCGCGAGAUCAUCAGGAGAGCUUGGGCAGGAGAAGCAACGUCUUAG